UGGCAGUAAUUGCACUAGCAAAGUACUAUCGUUACAGCAGUUGAACUAUGCAUUUUAGAGUGAAACUUGUUGUAGCAGCUUUGACUGCUUCGAUAAACGUUAUAUUAGCCGGUCCAUUGUACAGUGCCGAUGGUGUAUUUCCAUCCGGAAACGAUUUUGUUGAGAAUUGCGAAAUUAUCGAAACUCAAUUCGCGAAUGAGGACUUGAAUUCAAAGCGAACGGGGCUAAUACACACUAUGUACAGAUGGCCAAAUAACACGGUUGUGUAUAACAUGGACAGUCCUCCAUUUGAACGAUCUGAGAUAGAUCUGGUGGAACGCUCCCUGAAAGCCAUUGAGGACGUAACAUGCGUUAAAUUUGUGAAACGAACCGAUGAGGAUUACUUUGUUAAUCUGACUGCUAACAGUGGAUGCUCAUCUCAGGUUGGAUACCAAACGAAAUUUCAGAAUGGACCGCAAAUAUUGAAUUUGAGUAGACAGGGCUGUUUGUACACAGGUACAAUCAUUCAUGAAUUCUUGCACACUCUGGGAUUCUAUCACUCCCAGUCUGCACCAAAUCGAGACAACUAUGUUACGAUCAAUUGGGAAAACAUUCAGAAAGGGAAAGAGAAUAAUUUCGUCAAGUACGGAGCGAACAGUGUUACCGAUUUCGACAUCGAGUAUGACUUGCUUAGCAUUAUGCAUUACGGUGCAUUCUAUUUUUCAGCGAAUCUGGAACCGACAAUUGUACCGCACGAUUCUGCAUUUAAGGAGCUGAUUGGACAAAGAAAAGGGCUUAGUGAAAAAGAUAUCGCUCGGAUCAAUAAGAUGUAUAAUUGCAACUAAAUCCACAGGUCAGGUCAGGGUUGACCUGAAAUAGAAAUUGACUUUGACCUGACCUGAGUUUUCAGGUCAUGACCCGUAAUAACCCGAAAUGACCUGAAAUUGAAUUUCCGAAAAAAUCAAAGUCGUUAAUCCGAAAUACAGUUUAGUAAUUACAAAAAAUUAAUCGUUUAACUCGACGUUCGUUAUAAUUCCCUUUUCAAUUGCCUCAGUCGCAUGAGUCGUGAUUUCUUGUCCUU